AUGCGCGCGGUGCGCUCAGCUCGUCACACUGCGAGAAUCAAGGCGGUCUCGCAGCAAUCGCCGCUCUUCUCCAUCCCUGAUUUGUGUGCGCUUAAAACGCGGAGUAACGACUUUUCCUCCCGCCGCACGUCGCCUCACACGGCUACACACGCACACAUCCUCAGUUCCUUGUCUCCCGCCCUCCCUUUUGCUCUCUGGGGAAAGGCAAUUGGACGGAACAGUUCACCUUCAGGAAAGCCGCCUCCGCCGCGUACUUCUCCAGUUCCCCGGCUCUCGCGGGUCCCGGGUCUCCGGCGGGCGAGAGAGGCUGGGGAGGUUCGGGGCAGGACGGAGGAGAGGCUCCGAGCUCGCUGUCCUCCGCCCUCGAGACGCUGGAGUUGCUCGGUGCAGGCAGGCGCUAGUGCUCCGGCUUUGAGCAGACAGGUCUCAGCUGAUGCCGGUUCCGAGACUUGGCGCCAAGUCCACUUAACAGCAACUCCUAGCCAGCUGCAGCCCCUCGAUCCCGCCCCGAAGUGCUGCGGGCAGAGCCCCACGCAGCCCAGCCGCUGCUCCUCUAGGCAUCAUGGGCUGGAUGCGGGGGAAUCGCCGCUGUCCCCCUGUCCCCGUGCGCUGGCGCGGUCACCACCGAGAAGGUGCGAGCUCCGGCAUCGAACACCAGCGAGCUGA